UCGACCUUUCAUGGGGUAGGAUCUCGCGCGUAUUCUGCAGUACAAAUGUUAUAAUUUUAUUGUUUCUAACAAUUUGUGAGGGCUGUUUCAUAGUGACUAGUGUUUAUGCCCACCGUGACAAAUAAUAGUGAGGAUAAAGCGUACAAGAGCGCUAUGACGUCAGACCAAGAGUCUUGUUCGGAUGAGGAGCCAGACAGCGAGAUGCUGAGCGAUGAUCUGUGCCUGCCCGAUAGUGACGAUGACAGGCAGUGCAACAGGACUACGCAGAAUCUCGCAGAGGACAUGCCAACUCUGAACUCGUGUCUCCUCCGGCCACCCCGUAAGCUCUUCACCAACUGCAGGGAGCGCUGGCGGCAGCAGAACGUCAGCGGGGCUUUCGCAGAGCUUCGGAGGCUGGUGCCAACGUACCCUCAUGAUAAGAAGCUGUCCAAGAAUGAGAUACUUCGGAUGGCUAUCAGGUAUAUAGGCUUACUUUGCGAAGUACUGGAGUGGCAAAAGAACCACGGUCUACUCACGAACAAGGAGAAUUCCGGUCUCGCAAUCAAAUGCGAAUCUCCGUUAAGCCCUUUGUCCCGUCGGCUCCGUCUGAAAAGACCAUACGAAGAAACCAGACGACCAGAUGACGCAGAAUAUUCGAGAUUCGGGAAUGAAGAAAACGAAGAAUUCAAAAUGAGAACGCAUUAUAAUAAAACCUUUUUCUUUGGUAAAGAUUUGAAGGUUUUACGCAGCCAGUAUUAUUUGCAGACGAAAUGGAGGCAAAUACCGUUCAGGAAUUUGACAGGGGAAAGGAAUGGUAGUAAUUUACUGAUGAUAGCGCCAGCUAAGGAAGACGAUAUUAAUAGUAAGGAUAAAAACGACGCAAAGGACAGUGGAAAGUAGAAAAGCAAUGGAUUAAAAAGAUUGUAGUCAUUAUUGACGGAUUUCAUAUAGAAUGAUGAAAUUAAUGAAUCAGCUAAGUGUAUGUACUUCCAGCUAAUAACCGGUUAAAUUUUAAGCAGUUUUAUACGACUAAGUAUUAUGUUAAAUCUAUUAGCUAGUAGAUACUUGUGUAUAAAUAUCUUUUUCGUGCAUUAAAAAAAUCUUUGAUCUCGAAUAAAUGGUCGAGAAAAAAGCUUUAUAAAUAUUCUUAAACAAAGAUAUGACAAAAUGUGUUGUUUUUGUGUUAUAAUUGACAUAU